AUGGACUACCAGGUUUGUCAAAACUAUCACCCGGAUUGUGAAGUUGCUGUCAACAAUCAGAUUAACAUGGAGCUCACUGCCUCCUAUCUUUAUCUUUCCAUGGUGUCUUUCUUUGACCAGGAUGAUGUCGCCCUCAACCAUUUCUCCCAGUUCUUCAAACAUCAGUCUGAGGAGAAGCAGGAACAUGUAGAGAAGCUGAUUAAAUUCCAGAGCCAGCGUGGAGGAUACAUACUCUUCGAAGAUGUUAAGAAACCAGAGAGGGAUGAGUGGGGCAACAGUCUACAGGCAAUGCAAGUUGCCCUGGAUCUGGAGAAGAAUGUGAACCAGAGUCUGCUGGAUCUACACCAACUUGCCACCACUGAAACUGACCCUCAUCUGUGUGACUUCCUGGAGAGACACUUUUUGGAUGAGCAGGUCAAGACCAUCAAGCAACUUGGCGACUACAUCACCAACCUGAAGCGUCUGGGAGCUCCUGAGAAUGGGAUGGGAGAGUACCUGUUUGACAAGCUCUCGCUAGGGGAAACCACUUAA